UUUUUUUUUAUUUUAUUAUUAUUAUUGUAUCAUUUGUAAUGACCCGUAGUUAUUCAUUCUCUGGUCAUUUUUGGGAACAUCCAAAUAAUAAUGGAGUAGUUACUCUCGUUAACAAAUUACGUAUGGGUAAACAAACCUGUGAAAAAUUAAAAGCUGUUUAUGAAAUAAGGGUUGCUUUGGAAGAAAAUUAUGCAGAAACUCUAUUGCGUAUGGCUGCAAAUCUACAAACCUGUGAAGAAACUGGUCAACUAGGACAUACUUUGAUUACAUUGGAAGAACAAUGGGUACAUGUUGCUGAUGCUCAUUUGCAAUUAGCAAGCGAUUGGAAGAACAACAUUCUUGUACCAUUGACGACUUUACUCACCAAACAGAAACAACUUCGGAAAGAGCUUCAAGCUAAUGUUACAAAAUUUUAUAAUAACCGCCAAUUACAAACUCACUGCGUUUUACGUGCUCGUGAUCGUUAUAAUGCAGAAUGCACCAAAGCAAAUGGAAUGAUGCAACAUAAAUCUGGUAUGGAGAAACAGAUAUCUUACAAAAGAGCACAAGCGGUUAUCAAGAAAUAUCAAAAUGCGUAUAACGAUGCUAUGGCAGAUCUUCAAACGGUUACUAAUCAGUGGACGGAACAAUGGCAACAUACCUGUCAACAAUUCGACGUGUUGGAGACUGAACGAAUCACGUUUCUCAAAUCCAAUAUCCAUGAUGGCAAUGACCUCUUAUUCCAAUCAUUGGAAACGACAGAAAACGCACUUGAGAAAAUCAAGUCCACCGUGGAUUUAAUCGAUAUAGAUACCGAUUUGGACGACUUUGUACAAACCUAUGGCGGAAGUAAUAUUAUACCAGAUGCCAUGGACUAUAUCAAGAUGUACGUUCUACAAGAUCAAACCAAGAAACAAGAUGAUGAUGAUCAGCAACAAGACAGCUUGACUGAAAAGGAUGCCCCACCGUGCUAUCAAGAUAAUGACAACAUUGAUGGUGCAUUUUCUGAGUCAUUGGAAUACGACGGACAAAUGGAACUCAACUGUAACGAUCAAAAGGAUGAUGUGACAUCUCUCAUGGUUGGUCGUAUGGAAAUCUGCAACUCGGAGGAUGAAGAUACUGAUAGCGAAGUCUCUCUUGAUGAGGAUGAAGAUGAACUAAGCGGUGAUUAUAACCACUACAGUGAACAAUCGGUGACUGGCAACGAAGACAAGGGUACAAAUCAUCAAUAUGACAUAACUCCAGACGAGAAUCCAAAUGAACUUGCUCAACAACACCAGGAUAACCAUGAUGACGAGGAAAUCUAUACAAACAAUGACUUGAAUACCCUUGAGAAUGUCAACAACAACGACAGCGUCAUAUCUGAUUCAACAUCGACACAACAAUCGAACAGCGCGAUGACGAUGGAAAGGAAUCGGCAACUGGAAUUCACCAAAGCUGAAACCGAGGCCUUGUUGGAGCAAUUAGAUAUGGACUUUGGAAGAGAUAGUAUAUACCAUGAUGAUGUGAACGAAAGUAUUACUUACAAUCAAACAAUCCAUGCAGCAGAAAAUGAAUCACCACUUAAGGAAUCAGAAACAACACCUCGACUACCUGCAGACAACACUGUCAUAAUGGAAAAUUCCCCUCCACCACCUCCACCUCAUCAUCAUCAUCGUCAUCAUCAUCAACAACAACAACAACAUCAACAACAACAACAACAACAACAACAACAACAACAACAACAACAACAACAACAACAACAACAACAACAACAACAACAACAACAACAACAACAACAACAACAACAACAACAACAACAACAACAACAACAACAACAACAACAACAACAACAACAACAAGAAGAAGGAGACUAUGAUCAAAUGGAAUCCAAAGUGGAAUCAUCAGCUGGUCAUGGAGUUCAUGAAGAAUUAGAAAGUAUGUUACGCCAAUUAGAACAGCAAAACAACACAUCAACACGCAAACAUAACACCAGUUUGAAGAUCAGUGCAUCUGGACGGAUUAGGCUAUCUGGUGUUCGACAACGACGUCCAAAUCAUUCUACUCAGCACCUACUCAAAAAAUUAUCGACUGGAUCUUCAUCUAUCAACACUGACAAUGGAUCAUCUACUAUUAUUGCAGGGUCAGAUGAUUGCUCCUCUUUGCAAGAAUCUUCCACCACACCAGAAUUUUUUGACCCAUUCGCAACGUUGGCAUCUAUCUCCAGCAAUGCCAUCGAAUCACCUACUUCACAAGGAUAUCACCGAAGACCAUAUUGGAUGACGAAUGAAGAUACAAAGAAACAAGAAUCAAGACGCAGACCAUUACCAAAUAUGCCCAUCAGAAGUCCUCAUCAAAAAGAAUCUGGAUUCUCAAGAAACUUUUAGUACUGGAUGAGAAGAAGAAGAAGAAACCUUUAGGAAGACUGGCAAGCGGAACUCAUUAAUUGGAUCAACUCGAUCCUGUUGUAAUUUUUUUUUUUGUACUGUGUUUAUACUUUCUACAUUCUUCGUAUUAUUAUUAUUAUUAUUAUUUAUCUUGUUUAGCUAUUUAUUCAUUUAAUCAAUAAAAUAUGUUAUAUUUAUCACCCUC